AUGAGACCAAUCUUCUCGGGAAAAACACUGACCCAGUACAAUUCCACGCUCGACAACUAUCUCGAGUCACUCUACCUACGCUUGAACGAUGUUGCUGGUAAUGGGGAUGUCGUCAAUCUGACGCACUACCUAUGGGCCUUUACCAACGAUGUCAUGGUGUCGUAUCUCGUCGAGGAAAAUUAUGGGUUUCUGAGGGUAUUCGACCUGGAAACUGUUCAUGACAAGACGCGAGCGUUCAAUGCUAUCGACCUGGCCACCAUACUGAGGUGUAUGCCUCCUGUCAAGCUUCUCCUUGACGCGUUCCCAGUUAUACGGUCAUACUCGCCACUUGGAUGGCUCGAUACUCUUGUGUCUAAGCAUGUCACGACUAUGGUCAAGUCCUGGGACGAUGAGAACAGCCACGAAGGUAUCCUGUCCCGGAUGUUCAAGGAGCUCGGAAACGAAACUCUCACGAUACAGGAGUCAUCUCAAGCAAUCUUCAUCGGAAACGAAUCUUUACUCAGCAACUUGACAUUCUUAGUACACCAUCUCGUCCAAAACCCCGACUGUGUGAAGAGAAUCAGGUCCGAACUGGAUGCGCUUGACCUCGGCCUGUUCGGACACCGUAUCUGGAGAGACCCGAGGUUACUUCAUCUGAAGUACUUGGACGCGGUGUGCAAGGAGUCAACUCGACUGAGCUCUCCGGGUUGGCAUCGCCAGCCAAGACAGAGUCGUACUCCGGUUGACUACUACGAAACUGUCAUUCCCCCAAUGACAAGCCUGAGCUUCACUUUGAGGCUUCUUGAGCACGACCCAGAGCUGUACCCCGACCCGAACUCCUUCAUACCCGAGAGAUGGCUUGGGAUUAGUGAAAGCUCGAAGGAAGCCAGGAACAAGACGGUCACGUUUGGAACUGGAACACGAACAUGUCUUGGCCAACAUAUUGCCCAAAGGGUUUUGCGCAAAGCCAUUGCCAGUCUGGUUUACAAUUUCAACAUCUCGCUGUGGGAUGAAAAGCUUGAUAUCGCAGAGGGUUAUAGAUACCUGAACACGUACCCGAAGAAGGGCCACGAGGGAUAUCUCAAGGUCAAGCUGACGCCGCGGUUUGGACAUCAAACAUGA